AGUUUCCACUUUUCGUUCUUCCGUUUAGGGCGAGGUUAGAAUUCCUGUAUCUACUUAAAAAAUCCAUCCUGCAAUCCAUUUUUUAUUUUUCUGGAGCAAAAGAGGGGUUUGAUUUCUUCUCAAGCGCGGCAGGGCUUCAAGAAUUUUUUUUUUUUGCUUCUUUUCCUGUUCUAGUUUCGAGGAAUGAAGUUUGGUUCUGUUUUCAUUACCAUUUCUCUGUCUCCACCCUUUUUGUGGAUUUGUCUACUCGGAAGCGGCCCAGUGCUUUUCUUUUCUCGGGUCUGAUGGCAGCUAGGGUUUUAACAGUUUGGUUCUCGACCUUUUGAUGUUUAGUUUAUGGGGGAAGCGAGCUAGUGGGUUUCUUCUUGAUCAAAGUUGCGGAGUGAUUCCGCUUUCGAUUUCGUUUUAGAGGAUAAUCAGUUACUCCUUUGUUACUUCUAAGAAUCUGAUAUUGUUACUGUUUGUUUAAAUUGGGAUUUUGCUCUUAUCGCAUUGGGCUAGUUCGGGUCUCCAAAAACUGCCGAUGAGGUAAAGACAAUGGUGGCCGAAGAGGAAAGCGGGUAUGUGACAACGGAGAGUCAUUCGGAAGAUCCAUUGAAAUCUGGAAUGGACAUUGAUGAGAACGGAGUUGUUGCAAGUUGGAACCAGAAUGGUGAUUGUUCAACACAGGAGACAGGUGAGGGAAGCAGUGAGGGGUUCUAUCAACAAGCCUCUCAGGAGAACAAGGACCAUCAGGUCCCUAAAAGUUACGGUGCUUGUGCCAAAAAAUUUAGGUUUAGGGUAUCAGAACAGACAGAAGAUUCUAUGAGGAGGAAAGAUAAAGAGAAAAGUAAGCUGGACAGGAGACUUAGCAGGCAGGAUAGGAUAGAACUUGGCCGAAUGUUUCAGGGUGCGGUAAGCUCCCAUGAUUGGGAGCUUGCUGAGAAUCUAAUUCUCUUAGCUGAUCCCCAAACCCUGAAUGAUGCGCUAUGCAUAGCACUGGAUUCUAUAUGGUUUUUGAAGGUUCGACGGGAACUUGAUGGGAUCACUGGUCUAAUCAAGAAGAUCGUCUCUUAUGGUGCUCGUGAUUUCACAAGGGCGGCCCUAAGAACAUCAUUUCUCGCUUCUUGUGUUUCUGCAUGUCAGAGCAGGACAAUAAGUCUAGCAGAUACUGUUGCCGUCAUGGCUCAAAGAUUGCAUGAUCGUCUUCAAGAAUGCAACGGGGAUGAGAUUUUAAAAGCUGAAGCAGGAGCAAAAGUUCAGAAGUUCACGGAAUGGGCCUUAAAAUGCAUUGGUUUUCACUCCAGGUGCCAAGAGAACCGGGGCAAAGGAAAUCCCAACACCGCCAUUGAAGUGCACUUCCAGCUCUCAGCGUUCAAAACAUUCCUGGACCUUGCUGGCAAUAAUCUCUCAGGAAAGGACUUCACUGAGGCAUUUGAUGCUGCUUGUUUCCCUCUGACUCUCUUUUCAAGCUCUUUCGAUCCUGGUUGGGCUUCUGGAAUCUCAGCAUAUUUGAUACAAGGAUUGUUGGGAAUGUUGGUGGAGGGUGGUGCCGACAAUGUUAACCAAUGUUUUUUGGAAGCGUCUCGCUUUGGUAGUACUGAACUUGUGCGCAUCCUACUCCAGAUCGCCCAGAGAAACAGCUUGGAUGUUGAUGUUGAUCUCGCCUUUGGAUUUGCCUCCCACUACAGCAAAAUUGGAACCAUGGAAUGUUUGGUAGAGGAGGGGCAUGCAGCUGCUUUCCUAGGACCACUCAUGCGUGCUGCCGAAAGAGGCUGCAUGCCUGUCGUCCAAUGGUUCAUCAACCGUGGCUGCCGAGAUAUGGAGCUCUGUCUCGCCCUAACUGCUGCAACCUCCAGCAGCCAAGUCGAAGUAACUGCAUACCUCCUCCCUCAUGUACCGCAACACGUCCUUGCCGCCCUGAGCGUAGAGAUCAUCAAAGCCGCCGGCGAGCGGAGUGGUGGCUCACUCGACGGCGUCGCCUUUCUUCUCCAGUCGAACUUUCUUCGUGAUGCUGCCGCAACCUAUGCGGUGGCUGACAGCAUCGCUAGAUCCGACGAUGAGGCCGUAGCUCGCGAGCUGAAAGCUUUCCUCCAGGAACAGUGGUCAGAAGAGGCUUUUUUUGUGGGACUUAGGAGUGGGCAGGACGAUUAUGUGAACUUCAUGAGAAUUCUAAGGAGAGGUGAAUCACCCAUAUGCUUAAGGGACCUGCCGGCACCAUUAAUGAUGGCCAUUGCAUACUUGCCGUUGUACAGGGAGUGCGCCGAGGCAAGCGGGCAGCUACUUCCGCAGAGACUUAGAGGGCAGCUUGUGGAGGUGGCCGCGAGGCUUACCAAUGGAGCUGUCAACAGAGGAAGCCAGUCCUAUGAGCUACUUGCAGUUUUGGAGAAUCAUCUUCCUGUAUUUCUUCAUUCUUCAGGAACCUCUGUUGCAGCAUAUGGUAAUGGCGACUGAUUGCGAGAUAAUUGGUUUGAAUGAUGAUAUGGAGCUCUGUUGCAGGGUUUUGAGAAGAGAAUUUAUGGAAUUGUUUGUGGGAUUUCAGCUUAAUGGACUUUCUAAAUUGGGGGUUUAGAUGAUGCAGGCUUUUGUACGACUGCUGCUUGAAUUGAUUGCGAGCGUUUCAGUGUGGACUGGCUAUCUGGCCAGCAGAUGUUUCUCAAGGCAUAUCAAAAUUUUGUUUUUUGUGUAAUUUAUGAUGUUUUUUAAAUGAGUUAUCGUUAUAAUACAACGAAUG